ACUUGAUUCAUUGCGUCAAUAAAGUUUGAACACGCAACAUGUCGUGUUUUUGAAGUGGAAUUGUUUCCAACAUUUUUUUGUUGUUGAAUAUUUGAAUGUUAAUAAAAUUUCAAACAAAGCAGAAAUCCGUGUAUAAACAUUUAUUGAUGGUGAAUUGCUACCUCCUGCAGGUGAAAGCGGGAACUACGCACUCUUCUUGGUUGGCUGCCAGUUUUUCCAGUAAAAGCCAGGGAAUGUUGGACAAGAGUGUCACACCAGUGGAGGUUCAAAGGUUCAACAAUGAGGAAGUACAAAAUCUCAGGAUUAAUUGAAAUGAGCUCCUAUUAAUUGCUCUGCCGAAGCCCAACUCUACCUCAGGUAUUUCUCACCCUGUUGAGAAGAAACCGAACCCGAGCGCUCCUGCAAAAAAGACAGAAUCUCCAGCGUCCAGUCCAGGAGGGCGACCGUCCCAGGGGAAUCAUGCAGUGAGGACCAGUGACUGCUUUUCUUUUUGUCGUUUUCUACCUGAACCAUGGGAGCCUCCGUUGACAAGGCAUCUUCACCCCGGAUGCUUUUUGUUCUGUUGCUGUGCAUCAUCGGCGCUCUCUCUCAAGAGGAAUAUUCCGGAAACCACUCAGGUGAGGAUCAGACCUUCGAGGGCUCCAUCCCGGACCGCUACGACCACUUGAGGCCGCCGCAGCCAGAGUCUUCUAAUGGUUACGACGAGGAGGAUGAGUACGACCCGUACGGGCCCGCCCCCACCCAAGUCACUAUGAUCACCGAGGACGCCUUCCCCUACGUCACCGCCACCGAGUCGCACUACGCCAAGGAGGACAAGCCAGGUCGGAGGAGGGUCCCCAUCAAGCACCAGGGACCGGAUACGGGUUCGUCGGAGGAGUCUGGCGGCGACGCGGCCCUCGGCGAGGAGGGCCCCACCGAGUGCGACUGCGAACCCGGCGAGCCAGGAUUUGCCGGUUUUGCCGGACCGAAGGGCUUGCGAGGCCUUCCCGGUAAACAUGGUGCACCGGGACACCAAGGCAGAGAGGGUUAUAAAGGAACUAAAGGAGUUCAGGGACGAAGAGGAGAUCCCGGACCAGUGGGUGAUCCUGGACCAGAAGGUGAAGAUGGAGGUUCAGGUUUCUCUGGAGGAAUGGGAGAACCAGGACUUAUGGGAUCACGCGGUGAGCCCGGAGUGCCGGGUCUGAAGGGCGACUUCGGCAUGGAGGGACCGCGUGGAGGAGUCGGGCUGCCCGGUAACACUGGUUCUCGCGGAGACGCGGGCACCCCAGGAUCAAGGGGAGGUAAAGGUCCCAAGGGAUCUGUGGGCGAAGAAGGCAAAGUUGGAGUUCAAGGACCUGAAGGACGCAAGGGUCAAACUGGAGCACCCGGAUUUUCAGGAGAUGUUGGCGAAAGAGGCUACACAGGUUAUCCAGGCCAGACUGGAGGUCACGGACCAGUUGGACCGAAGGGCUCCAAAGGUAUCGGUGGCAUACCAGGCAGUGAUGGUGACCCUGGAGAAGAUGGUCCAAUAGGUGUCCCGGGGCUGAUGGGAGAGCCGGGUUCCUUCGGGGCUAAGGGCAGCAAAGGCGACCGUGGCGUGAGAGGGCCUCGAGGCCGAGUGGGCGCUGUGGGCCCCAGUGGAGAGCCAGGAGAUGCUGGCAUACAUGGAAAGCUAGGACCAAAAGGUCUGCAGGGACCAAUUGGACCCAAAGGCGAAACUGGACCGGACGGCGAAUUGGGUACAAAGGGAAGGAAGGGACAGAAGGGUCAAAAAGGACAAAAGGAAGCAACUGGCGAUCGUGGAGAUAAAGGACAGCGUGGUCCAAAAGGCGGGGUCGGUCGGCCGGGAGAAUCUGGCCCCGAGGGUCCUCCCGGCCUUCCGGGGCCCCGAGGGGCUCGCGGCCCUCUCGGAGACCCGGGGGUCAAAGGUCAAGCUGGGCCCAGAGGAGUUCAAGGUCCCAUGGGUCCCGGGCUGUCGGACGAACAGGUGCUGCAGUUGUGUCGCAGCGUCGUCACUGCUCAGCUGUCGCAGUACGCCUCCUCCAUUAGGAGUAAAUGCUUGCAAGGCUGCCCAGUCAACAACCGCACGCUCAUCGGACCCCCUGGAGCCAAAGGACCCCUGGGACCGCCCGGAAAAUCUGGCAAAGCGGGAAAAGCCGGAUCCAAGGGAGCCCGUGGUGUUCAGGGCGAUCGAGGCCUGGAAGGAGAAAAGGGAGCGCAGGGUGAACGAGGCAAAAAAGGUCCAAAAGGAAUAACAGGCGAUCAAGGAACAGGUUUCCCGGGACUUGAUGGACCACAAGGGGUCCCUGGAUUCCCGGGCGAGCCCGGCGUUGCCAAAAACGGCAUGGAAGGUCCGCGCGGCCCACGCGGGUUCCCGGGUCCGGUGGGCAUCACCGGAAUGCUGGGAAUCGCCGGCGUUCCGGGUUUCUGCGAGGCCCGGGAUUGCAGCAUUCACGCUCCGGUCAUGCGAAAAGAGCAGGGUCUUGUCAAGGGUCCCCACAGCUCCUAAACCUGAAAUU